AUGAUAUCAACAUGGCCACCAGGAAGGACCGAGGUGCAGCGAAGGAUCGUGUCCAAGGACGGCCACAACAACGUGCGCAUUGACAACGUGGAGGGCAUGAUGAAGCUGUACCUGCACGACAUCUGGACCACCGUGGUGGACAUGAAAUGGCGCUACAAGCUCACUCUGUUUGCCUCCACCUUCGUCAACUGGUUCAUCUUCGGGGUCAUCUUCUACUUCAUCAGCAUGGGUAACGGAGACUUUGAGGCCGGUCUGAGCUCCAACCACACGCCUUGCUUAAAGAACGUGGCGAGCCUCACUGGGGCCUUCCUGUUCUCUCUGGAGUCACAGACCACCAUCGGUUACGGUUAUCGUUAUAUAUCAGAGGAGUGUCCGCUGGCUAUCUUCACCCUGGUGGCUCAGCUUGUCAUCACGGGCCUGGCUGAGAUCUUCGUCACUGGAGCCUUUCUGGCCAAACUGGCUCGACCCAAGAAACGAGCAGAGACCAUCAAGUUCAGCCAGUUGGCGGUGAUCUGCAGACGACAGGGAAAGCUGUGCCUGAUGGUGAGGGUGGCUAACAUGAGGAAGAGUCUUCUGAUCCAGUGUCAGCUGACAGGAAAGCUCCUCCAGUCCAAUGUGACCGAGGAGGGCGAGAAGACACAGGUCCACCAGAGCGCUGUGGACUUCAACAUGGACUCCAGCAGCGAGUGCCCCUUUCUCAUCCUCCCUCUCACCUUCUACCACGUCCUGGACGAGCGCAGCCCGCUGGCAGGACUGAACGCAGAAAACCUUCACACUCGAGACUUUGAGCUCCUGGUGACCCUCAACGCCACCAUGGAGUCCACUGCAGCCACGUGCCAGAGCCGCACUUCCUACGUCCCUCAGGAGAUCCUCUGGGGCUACGAGUUCAAGCCGGUUCUGUUCAGCACCACAGGGGGUUACGUGGCAGAUUUUAACUUUUUCGACAAGGUUCAAGUGAGCAACGACCCCGCCUUCCUCAGCAACGACACCGAGAAGCUCAAACUGGAGGAGGACUACAAGAAAGAAUAGAGGAUAAACGUUUCAUUACUGAUGAUGACUGUGAGGCCUGGACCUGUGAGCUACCUGCUGACAUAUUGUGACAGUAAAGUCACAGCCAUGGUUCCAUCAUCUCACACAGUUUAUAAAUUAAUUUUAUCACUGUCUUUUUUUUUAAAUAUUCAUUUUAAAUACAUCAUUAGAAAAGAAAGCGGGUUGCAGAGUGGUUGUUUUAAUAAGAUUUUAUUACAUACUUUCAAACUAAAUGGAUCCCUUUAGAUUCAAAAGCAGUCGCUCAAAGUAAUUCAGAUGAAUGUUAGUGUCUACUUAUAGUACGAUGGCUCUGUUAGGUCACUGAAUAUGUAUUUUACUUCCUUUAUUAAAAUCAAUCAGAAUAUUUAUGAUAGGAUUCUUUAAAACAAAUGUAAAGCUUUCCCAUGUUGUGUUGUUAAGAGAUAAGUUGUGAUGGUGUGAUAAGAGACUCAUCAUGAGGCUUUAUUAUGUAGAUUUAUAUGGUUAGUCAAAUGUAUUUGUUUUUUGUAAAUAAAUGUUUCUUUAUUUGUUCAAGAAAUGCAAAAAUAAAUGUCUCCCAGUGUAUACGGGGAGAACCUCCAGUCA